GUUUACUUCCUAGUUUGAGUUCGACAGUUUAACUCAGCAACAUUCUCUAUUAUUGGUCCAAUACUGGUCAUGAAUGGAGAAUUACGAUAAUCCUUUUUCGUUUGACAUUAUGGAAAGGGGUGACGUUCUUCGUGAUGCUGUGUUAGACGGGAAUGUAGCGGAAGUAACGGCAGCAAUUGAAACGGGCACCUGUCGUCUCGAAGAAUCCGACGCAAAUGGCCGGACAGUGUUACAUUUGGCAGCAUGUCGAGGUCACGCUGCAAUGGUGCGAUUAUUGAUAAACAGUGGAGCUGACAUGAAUGCUGAGGACCGCCAAGGAAACACGCCGCUUCAUUGGUGCGGUCACAUCGAUACCGUGGAGACACUGGUGGAAAUGGGAGCUAAUGUUAACGCACGAAAUAAGAUGGGUUUCACCCCAAAAUUCUUGGCUGAGAGACGAGGAGUCCCAAAGAAUACUCUUGACCUGUUCGAACACUUUGAGAAGGAGAAAAGUACAUCACAAGGUUCACUCACAAACACUGCCUCGAGCUAUGUUAAAUCACCCAGAUCCUCAGUGAUUCCAAGUGUCUGGUAUGAAUUCUAUUGUGAGCUGGGCAUCAAAAACACAUGUCUUCUAGUCCUUGGCCUGCUUGGUUUUUCCCUUUACCUGGCCUACAUCCUGACCGGCCUGCAUCGAGGAUAUGAUGAGAAGAUCCCACUAGAUGAAACCAGCUAUAAGAUACAUCUGUAACUGAACUCAUCAACUUUGAUAUGCAGGAAGCCCACACAUGUAAAGAUAAAUGUCCUGUCCAAAAUGGGUUAUCUAUAUUCAAACUUAGUUUUGGACCCUGCUUCAAUGAACGUUGUUGAAAGUCCUAGCUGUAAUCAGGAUAAUGUUGUGUGCUAUGUUCUGAGAUGAUCGAAAUGUUUCAUUUAUUUCUUGGCAACUUGUUUCUUAUGAGGGAUGGAUAUUGGAGGUUAAAAGUGUAUCACAAUAUUUUGCUAUCCACAAGGCCAUAUUGAGGUAUGUAUCACAAUAUUGUAUAAUUCUCAAUUUUGAAUUCAGAUGUAAUCUUAUUCAUUAUGGUAUGAAUUGAAGUUGAUAAAUGGAACAAAGCAAGAUGCUGGCACAACGUGAUGUUUACUCCGUCAAUAAAUACGCAGCUAUCUUGGAACCCUGGAGGCAUGCUGCUGGGCAGCGAAGGCAUUUGGCAAGGAAAUAACAUUAAACACAUGCUACCUCAUUAUAUCUCACAGAACUACUGCCUAAAUACAAGCCUUUCAUUAGCAUUACUUGCUAAAACUAUGUAGCACCAUGAGCAUUAACUUGGUGAAUGGAAACUGGCGCAGUAUAAAUGGACCUAUUAUUAUUAUUAUUAAAAAUCGCUAUUUGAAAUCACCCACUAUACAUGCUAUAUCCAGCAUGAAAAAAUUAUAUUUAGAUAUGAAUCGUUGAAAGAAUGAAUCUCAGUUUACCAAUAUACCGAUAAUACAGCACACCCAAAUUUCUUAACAUUCUUUUCAAAACAAAAGGAAUGGCCGAUGAGGGCUCAGUGGUCUCACAUGUUUGUGGCGCACCACUUUGCUGAUGCAGUUGUGUGUCCUUUGAAAUUCAUGCCAGGAUCCACUGAUCCCAGGAUUUACCAGAUGCACCCUGAUUAUGAUCCUUGGUUUGUCGGCACCUUACCCAUGCUCAUUGGUUUCACCAAAGUUUGACAGUGGCAAACACAGUUAUCACCUGAGUUGCAUUGAAAGAUUUUUCCACCUAAUUGAAGCUGACACUGGAGAACAAAUGUGUUUAUGUCGAUGUUGAAUUUUCACCCAUGUAACAUUGCAUCAAAACCAAGCCCAUAUUUCCAGUGUAGUGAGUGAGUUGGGUUUAAUGCCGCAUUUAACAGUAUUCCAGUUAUAUCGCUGCAUGUCAGCUUAAUGUGGGAGGAAAGCCCGAAGUGAUGCAGGUCUCGGACGUUUACCACUUCGGUGAA